UGUCGCGACCUGUUUAAACAUUUGUAAAGGACAAAAAAGGGUUUCCUGUGAGUUCAGAGAAAGCUUCGGAUAACUAGCAACCGUAAUUUGAAGCACCAAGAUGGACAGGUGUCGUUACUCUGAAGCGUAGCUUAUUUAGUGGCUCCAGUUCAACUCGUUCAAGCCAGUUCAUGCCGCGCGCGCCGCGUGCGUUCGAGCGUGUUGUUCACGUGUCUACAGCACCGAACGUAUCAUUCUCGAGAUUCCUGCUCGGCUCUCGCUCUGUCCGUUGUAGUGCAGCCAUUGCAGUCGUGCAGCUUGGGUUGGAGAGACGCUUCGGGCAUCCUUAUCACACAUGGCUUCCGAGGAGAACGUCCCCCCCAUCCCGCCAAUAAACCCUCCGCCCAGCACGUCAAGAAGUCUUUCUUCGUCGGGAAGCCCUCCACCCAGCCCGCCAAGAAGCCUUCCGCCGGGCGCCGUCCCCAAAAAGUUUACGACGGAAUGGGCGCUCAAAGAUUUUGAGAUUGGGCGACCGUUAGGAAAGGGAAAGUUCGGCAAAGUCUACCUGGCACGUGAAAAGUCCAGCAAGUUCAUUAUCGCACUCAAGUACAUCUACCAGCUGUGCGUGGCCCUAAAGUACUGCCAUGCCAACAAGGUGAUCCACCGGGACAUCAAGCCAGAGAACCUACUGCUAGGCUUCAACGGGGAGCUUAAGAUGGCCGACUUCGGCUGGUCCGUACACGCACCGUCUUCCAGGCGGAGAACCAUCUGCGGCACCGUGGACUACAUGCCGCCCGAGAUGAUUGGGUGCUGUGUGUACGACGAAAAGGUGGACAUUUGGACGCUUGGCGUACUCACCUACGAGUUCCUGGUGGGCAAGCCGCCCUUCGAGUCCACAACGCUCAGGGAGACUCACCGUCGCAUCUGCGCCAUCGACAUCAAGUUUCCCGACUUUGUCUGCAAACCAGCGAGGGACCUCAUCACCAAGCUCCUGAAAAAAAUGCCCAAGGAGCGGGCAACCUUGGAUGAAGUUCUUGCUCACCCGUGGGUCGUGGACAACGCUGACACGACUGUCGAGGCAUCAACCCUGUGAAUAAAGUCUCGGUAGUGUGAUACCAGGGUUUAGUGAGCAAAGCAUGUUGCAGGCUUUGCAACUGGGGUAAUAUUGCAUCAGACUAUUAGAUUAUUUUUCCCUUCCUGGUUUUCUUAGUCCUCCUCUUUUUUUGUGUGUGUAAUUGUUUCAACAAGUGAUAUAUCUGUAUGUAUGUUUCAUAAUGUGAAGUAUCAAUGGUUUGUAAUUUAAAU